ACAGGGUUCCCUUUGUCGGCUGUGUAGUCCUCCCCGCCGUGCGUGAUGGGGGAGCUCCGGCUGUGAGCAGGCUUCCCUGUCCCGGUGUGGGGGGCUGGGGUCCGGGGGAGGAGGGUAGUCACCGAGUACACUGUGGCUCCAUUGUCUGAUGGACGGCGCCGCUCAUUGUUCCGGGGCCCGGUGGCUGCGGUGUCACACACGGUGUCCCGGCUCUGCUGUGCGGCUGGGGAGGACGACUCCCUCCUUGGCUCCGUUAUCCGCCUCUCAUCUGGAGACGGUCUCUACCAUCAGCCAGCGGAUACCGGGGACACAGUGAACCAUAGUGCACAUGCAUUGUACCCGGUGGACAUGACAUAUAGUGCUAAACGUUACCUACAUAUGGAUGGUGAUAACUCUACCACAGACACGUCCCAGUUAGGAAUAUCUGCUGACUAUAUUGGCGGAAGCCACUACGUAAUACAGCCCCAUGAUGGAGACACAGAAGACAGUUUAAAUGACCCCGAUGACACAAAUGGCUCAAAAGAGAGCUUCAGAGAGCAAGAUAUUUACCUCCCAAUAGCCAAUGUGGCAAGGAUAAUGAAAAACGCCAUACCACAGACAGGAAAAAUAGCAAAAGAUGCCAAGGAGUGUGUGCAAGAAUGUGUGAGUGAAUUCAUUAGCUUUAUAACGUCUGAAGCAAGUGAGAGGUGUCAUCAAGAGAAGCGGAAGACCAUUAAUGGAGAAGACAUUCUAUUUGCCAUGUCAACCUUAGGGUUUGACAGUUAUGUUGAACCAUUAAAGUUAUACCUUCAGAAGUUCAGAGAGGCAAUGAAAGGUGAAAAGGGCAUUGGAGGGACUGUUACUACAGCAGAUGGUCUUGGGGAGGAACUCACAGAUGAAGCCUUUACAGGUCAGUUACCAGCUGGUUUAAUAACCACAGAUGGACAGCAGCAAAAUGUUAUGGUUUAUACAACCUCUUAUCAACAGAUAUCUGGCGUUCAGCAGAUCCAGUUUUCCUGAUUAUAACUUGCCUCUAUGAUCUGCAAACAUGAGUCAGGAAGAAAGCUAUACAUAUUUGAAUGCUAUGUUGAGCUGCAUUGGAGUGAGAGUUCCUUUCAUUUUUUUUUUUGUUCUCAUUUUUAACUUAAUUUUUGUAUAUUGAGUUGCUGUAAUGUAGCUUCCUUGGGCAUGUGAUAUAUAGGGUGAAUAAACACCACCUUUUGUGGUUUCUUUUCCCCCCUCCUUCAUAGAUUUUAUGUAUUGGAUUUUAAAACCAUUUAGUGUUGAGGUUUUGUUUUUGUACAAGAGUUUGUUCUUCUGACUCCUGUAUGCAUUGUAAAUUAAUGAUUUAUUACUGUCUGAGAUUUGUAGACAGUUUCUUAUUUUCAUAUUGAAUCAUUGUAACUUCUUUUGUAAAUCAAAUAAAGAAAAUU